AUGUCAAUCCUUCCGGAAACCAGUCAAACACGAACCCAAUCAGCUGAAUCAAACUACAAGAUAUUGUGUCCAACCCUUUGGCUAGAAGCAGAACUGCGCAGAAACUGUGAAAGAAGCGGAGUAGGAGGACCAAACUCACGCUUCACAAAAUCCCGUGAGGAUAUCUUUUGGGAAGAAUUCGAAAGACGUCUUGCAGGAGCCAAUCACACUGGCCGGGAUUUUGUCGACUUUAAGAACCUCACGGCCGAUGAGUUGAGGCCUCUAAUAUCAGAAUGUUUUCGCAGAAGCUCCUCGGACUUUACAAAGAGGUUCGACGACCCACGAUGGAGCCUUGGGAAAAGCAGAAGUGAGAUUAUAGAGGAAAUUCUGGAGCAAUUGCUUGCUUUGCGCGAACAGGAAGUGGCAGCGGAGUCCCAGUCCCAGUCCCAGUUGCAGCUGCAGUUCCAAAAUUGGAUGGAUCAAGUACGGCAUAAGCCACGAGACAAAAGGCAUUUGUGCUGA